AUGUCAUCAUCAUCAUCUUCAAAUCAGGAGUUUGAUUUGACGAUGGAGGAAUGUGAAAGGUUAAAGAAGGCAUUCAAAGAUGAAGAGUUCAGAAAAAUGUUUGCAGAGUAUGCUGAAGAGAUUGCAAAUCCUGAGAAUAAGGCUAUUUACGAGGAAGAGAUACGUCAGAUGGAGCAGGAAAGAGGAAUGGAUAUAAAAUUUGUUAAUCCGGAACCAGGUCAUGUCCUCAAAACUGUUCUCAAUGGGUCCACCAAAGCGUUCAUCAACAUCUGCAAAAAUGUCCAUGUUGGCAUUCCCUCUCAUGAGAAGAAAGAUGUAUAUGGGAAAUGUGGUGUAUCAUGGUCCAUACCACACAUCUUUGCGCCACCUAGAGAUGACUUGACGAAAACAAAACAAAAUUGCAAGAUUUUCGAUUUUGUCAUUCAUCCAGACACAUACAGGAUGUCUGAAACUAACCAAAGAUUCAGGCAGAUGGUGCAUGAUCUGGCAGUGGAUGGCAUUGAAAAGAUGUUCAAUGUAACCCUUGAUAGGAAGAAUUUGAAACAGUUAAAAAUGAAGUUUAUGGGCCACAAGACGGCCACUGUCAUCAGGAAUAAAAUUGCAGAUGCCAAGGUUAAAAAACAGGAUGAUGAAAAUGAUGGUGAAGACCCAUUGAGUAGCUUUCCAUACCCAUACAGUAAUGAAACUUCUUCUGAAAGAACACAGAGAAUAGCAAAAAAUGAAAAUAAUGAAAAUGCAACUACAAGUAAAGAUGGUGUAGUCAACGAUGGCUUCACAAUUCCUAAGUAUGAAAUGAAACAUCAAUCGGAUGUUGAUUUAAAAAAUUAUGCAAAUGAAAUGUCUCGAGUUUGUACCUUGAGUACCAGGCCAGACAAACUGAUCAUGAGCGUUAAGCUCCCACUUCUAAGCUCAGCUGCCAGCUUAGAACUUGAUGUUUUUGAAAAAUCCAUGAAACUAAUUUCUACAAAGCCAGCUAAAUACAAACUCGAAAUUUCUCUCCCAUACCCUGUCGAUGAAAAUUUAAGUUCUGCCAAGUUUGAUAAACUGAAGCAUGAGCUGAUGAUAACAAUGCCUGUUAUA